GUAAAACCAACAAAAAUCUUCGCGAUUCAAUAAAAAAUUAUCUCACCCUGAAAAAUUAAUGGAAAAAAUGCGUCGCGCUGUUGUAUGUCUCCCAGGAUUUAAUUUUGAUGACAAGAUUGGAAGAACGAAUUUUCACAGGCCCCAGCACUUUGAAAAAAUUCACGAUGGUGUCUAUUAUUUGGCUGAAAAACCAAUUGUAGAAAAAAAUUCGAGAUAUCCUUCAAAUUAUUCUUACAUCGACGAACCCAGGAUUCCCCCAUGGAUCGCCUAUGAUGGUCAAAGAUUAAUGUUUCAAGGAUUUUUCCAAGAAACCGUCGAAGAGCGUUGGAAAUCGUCGCACCAGAUUCGUCUGGUGACCAUAAGUUUUUUCCUCGAGGAUGGCACUAUGAAGAUCGUGGAGCCAGCGAUCAGUAAUAGUGGCCUGGAGCAAGGUGUCCUGGUGAGACGUCAAAGAAUUCCAAUACCAGAUCGAGUUCCUUACAGAUUCUACGACAUCCUGGACUUGAAUAUUGGAAAAGAGCCAGAGAUAUUUGGGAGGGUUUACAAAAUUGUGAAUUGUGAUAAAUUCACCAAGAUAUUUCUGAAUCGAAUGGGAAUUCCUGUUCCUGACCCCAUCGAUCUGCCCUCCGAUCCUUACAUAGAACGAAGAAGUGUGCCGACGUUUGCAAAGAAGCCGAAUAGAAAAAUCGAUACGUUGGGAAAAUUUCUGACGUAUGACAGAAAGGUAUUGAGAUUUUACGGAUAUUGGGACGACAGGGAAUCAGAAUAUGGGAUAAUUCAUGACCUGGAGGUGAGGUACUACCUGGCAGAUGACACAAUCGAGAUUAAAGAGAUUUUACCGAAGAAUUCAGGAAGAGAGGGCAGUUCGAUGUACAUAAAACGCAUGAAAAUUCCCAAAUUUUUCUCUGGAAUUGAAUCUGUGGGGUCCAGUGAUCCUUUCACGGUGCUGAAUGUCCUCGGGGACAGUGGGGCCCAGAGUUAUUUUAUUCCUGAUGCCCUGAAUGCUGGAGAGACUAAAAAGGAUUAUUAUAAGGACAGUGAUUUAAUUAUCGGGACGAGUAUGAAUGUAUUUGGACGAGAGGUUGUCAUUACGGAUCUCGAUCCUACCACCAGGGAAUACUAUAGGGGGAAGUAUGGAAUCGAGGAGUUUAAGCCUCUGGAGAAGCCAGAGUCCGCCUCCAAGUGCUUCAUUAACGAAAAACCUAAACCACCACCGUAUAAUGGCUUUGGCUCCUACGAUGAUUCCCUCGGUAAUUGUUUUAGUGUCAUACCCAAACCACCGAGAAUGGAUUACGCUAGAUUCGCUGCAUUUGAUAAACAGGGGUAUGACAGCAAAAUCCUGAGUUUUCGGGGAAAAAUGUUAUCUAACAUUCCGGAAAAUUCAUCUCGCAAUUUUAUAAUUCGUGUGUACUUGAUGGAUAAUACUGUAUCGAUUUUCGAGUUCGCUACGAAAAAUGGGGGAUUCACUCGUUCAUUAUUUCAAAAGCGAAUGGAAGUGCCUCUUCCAGGGCAAGAGUUUUACUCCAGCGUGAAGCCCCAAUACUUCGAGCCCCACGAUUUCUACAUCGGCGCUGAUCUAAACCUCGGAGGAUUUAAUUUUCAUCUGACAUCGGCCGACGAUUACACAUUACGGUACAUGGAGUUGAACUGCGACAAGUUUUCAAGGGCGAAUGCAGCGAUGAUAAUUAGUAAAAUGAGGGAGGGACUCAAGCCAUCGUAUAAACACUUCCUGGAGGAGUUCCGUCCAGUCAUGGAGACCGAUGGAAUAUUUGUGCUGCCUUACGAGAAGCUGCGGGAGAGUCUGAUGAUUUAUUUGAAAGGCCGGGGAAUUGUUGAGCAUGAGAUCAUUACGAUCGCUAGAAGAUAUGCCUUCAGACGAAAUGAGCAACAUGAUACGCGAGAGUAUCUGAGACGUUUAAUCCACACCGAACUCACCCGCUUCCUCUGGAACAACUUGGAUCGCCUCGCCGAGGAUAUCAAUCACUGGGAUCCAUCAUCCACUGGUUUUCUUCCCUCCACCUCCAUCUACACAAUCCUCCGAGGGUGCAGACUACCCCUAGAUCCCCAGCUCAUCAACUGUCUCCUCAACCACUUGCGGAGAAAUCCAGAAGGAGAGAUUGAUUGUCACGACUUAUUAGACUUCAUGAACGUCAAGAUAAACUCGUCACCUCCAGUUGUACCGGUGGCAAUCAGCACUCUUCCUUGGUGGAAUUCAGAUAAGGACGGGGGGGACUGCUGUCCAGGAAUAAACUGGAAUGAAUUAAUAAAGGAUCUUGAUAUAAAGGAGGACGAUCCAGCCUCCGCCAAUUCUCUGUAAUAAUUACAGUU